UGUUGUUCCAUUUGUUUAUAUUGAACCUUCAACACUGAACCAUAGCAACCUACCCAUAACGAAAAUGUCGCGACAAAGCGUAGCAGCGCGCAAUCUGUCUCUCACUGAAGAGCUUGAAAGACUAGAGCAGUCAAUCACUCUGACUCUUCAAGAAAUCGAUCACAACUUUAGCAAAUCGCAUCGCAUAGUAACAACAAGCAUCCUACCGCUAGUAGAGCAGUAUGGAGAACACUCCCGCGCUGUUUGGGAAGCUUCAAAGUUCUGGAAGCAAUUUUUCGAAGCAUCGGCCAACGUAUCUCUCUCCGGUUAUGAAGAGCUCGCCAACGACGACGAAAGCGAAAACGUGGAAGAAAGUACCGCUAUGAGGGAAGAUAUAACAGAGGAAUACACAUCUCAGCAUCACGAAGAUGUCACCGCCACAACCGGCAUCGAGCAAUCUACCUUCCAGGCCGAGGACUCCCUCCUUGAUGAUGCUGAGCUCACAGGAAGCACGCCUCGGCCUGGAAAGACGAAGACACGAUUUUCUGAUAUGGAAUCUCCAUACGAAGCUAUGAAACGCGAGAUGGAAGGAGAGGGAAACAAUACCACAGUCCUAGAUGAUAACGAGGAUUCGACUGUCUUGUUCGCCCAACACACCGCUAGACUCCCCGAUAUGUCAAUGACUCCGCAGGCCCAGCGCGACCACACAAUGACCGGCGAGCAGUCUGUUCAGGCCCAUAAGGAUCCUUUACUUCACCGUGUUCUCGACAAGAACUAUCGCAUUCAGGCAACUCCGCACAAGCCCGCCCUUCGCAUCUCUCCACUCAAGAGCGCACAACGCAAGAAGGACGCCCCCACGUGGAACGACUCACCAGGCUCCUCGCCCGAAAUGGCAGUGCCGACUCUACGCAGUGAAGUUUUCAUGUCGCCCUACAAAAGUAACGCUCGACAACGUCUUGCGGCGGCAACGCAGGGUCCUCGAACACCUGGUGUUAGUGUUCAGACGCCAGCGACAGCACGUAAGACGCGGGACGUCUUCGCUGAUGACACUGUCACAGCCACUGGAAAGGAUAAGUAUGAGAUCGACUGGGAUAGUGAUGAAGGGGAUGAGGAUAUCGAUUUAUAUGCAGGCAUGAGCCCGCCCAAGACGAUACAGUUUGCGCUGCCUCCUUCGAAGCUCUUGCAAACACCUGCACGUGAAGCCAGCCAAAGGAUUGUUGGCGACAUUCUACUGGAUGCUGGAGCCGAUCCGAACUCGUCCCAAUACAGCCCCUCUAUGGUGAAGAUGAACGAAGAUAUUUUGAACGAUAGUUUCUAAAAGCCACAGCUCUCAAAUCUAAUGAAUGAACAGUUGUUUAUUCCCCCAUUCCGAAGACUCAUCGAGUAUGAGAACAGUCCUGCAUUUCAACCAAAGAUACCCUUCACCCCUUUGCAAUUAUGUGCCCGUGUCCUUCACCAUAUUUUCAGUCCGCUUUCUAAAUCAGCACCAUGUCCCAGGCCUUGAGUUCUAUCGACUACAUACUGAAUCGAAUCUGUGACCUGAGGGCCUGUUCUUGGAGCUUCUUGGUAUCGACUUCUGUCCCAUUCUUUUCCUUCUGAUCCUUUUUGCAAAGGGGCGCGGACGAGGAAAAGGUAGCAAUAGAGGCAGUUUCAGGAUCAGCGACCUUGGAACUGUUGUAUUUGGUAAAAUCUACCUGGGCUACAUUUACAUGUUAGUCAAGUUCAGCUUGCUGAAAACAUGAUGCUUACAGUCUGAGGUUGUGGGAACAUUGUUGCCUGAGUUGUUGGGCAUAUUGAAGGAUGUGAAGGAGAUUGGAAGUGAUUGGGCAGUUAUAGACAAGGCUUGGAUUAAAAGACUAAGCUUAAUAGUUUGUAUUGUUGUUCUUAGAUGGAACUCUCGAUUGCUUCUGCCUGAGAAUGAAGUCCAUAAGGCGUCGCAUCUUGAUUGUUAUAUACUCAAUCCUAGCAAUACAACUUGCAAGACACUCUUGUUACGAUGACUACGAACGAGGGAAGACCACUAAGGUUCGUGCGAAG